GAUCAUGGAAGACCUUAGGGAAUAGGGUUGAGCGUUGGCCCUAAUAAAAAAUGUCAAAACAUUAUCAGAAUGCAACAGUGGUUGUGGUUAGUAGAGAUUGCGUUGUUUCCCAAGGGUGCACGAGAUUUACUGUAAGUCGUUUUUACAUUGGUUUCGUAGUUAUUUUUUUUUACUGCUUUUCGCCCUGCAGAAUUGAUGGAUGUUAUGUCUUCAUGCAGAAGCUGUAAAUUCUUUCUUAGUCAUAAUUUUGAUUGGGUUAUGCUCAUUUUUUAGACAGUUACGUUUUUUAAUGUAUGUUCUAAUUUCUGGAUUAAUGGUUGUGCAAGAGAGAGAUUUUUUAUAUUGGUUUGGUUAUGAGCCCAGCAUUGUUUUAACCGAUGCCGAGCUAAUCAGGGAACUACUUUCUUCUGAGAUUUCUUCUGACUGUGGAAGGUCUCCAAUGACUAAGAAGAUGUCUUCUGUGGUCAUGGGUAAUAGAUUCCCGUGCCCUCAAAUCUGGACGCUUGGAAAGGGAGUAGAAGAUUGGAAAAUAACUUGAAGAUUAUAGAGAAAAGAAAAGAGAGUGGAUCAUGUGGGGAUGAUCUCCUUGGUAUGAUACUCUCAGAAACAGAGAAUGGUUAUUCGGAUGAGAAGAAUUUUAGCCGCAUACAACAGCAAGUAAUGAACGAGUGCAAAGAAUUCUUCUUGGGAGGGAGAGAAACCACCAGUGUUCUGCUAUCGUGGGCAAUACUUUUGUUGGCACUCAACCAGGGUUGGCAACAAAAUGCUCAUCAAGAUUGCAAAGACAGAUUGAGUUGUCAUCGAAUUAGUCAGAGAGGAGAAGGCCAUCGUAGAAGCUGCAGUGAAAGCAAGUGUUUGCAGCCAUAAGAAGAUCUCAGUCAAGCUGUGUCAAGGAGACUAUUGAGCACAGUUUUUAUUUUAACGGCAAAGCCAGAUUGCAGGAGAUUAUUGUUGAGGGCACGCAGGCCAUAUUUUACUUGAUUGAAUUCGCAAAGUAUUAAGGUGUCACUAUUCCAGAUUCAUCCACUGUGGUUUUUAGACAUCGUAUUGGUAUGUUCCUAUUCAUGGCAUUAAAUAGGGUUUGUGGCAUUAUAUUGAGACUGUGGCCCUAGGUGUUUCAAAAGGAGUUUGUUUUGAUGAUGUUUGGAUUAUAAGGAAUUGGUUGAUUAAGGCAUUAAGUAUACUGUUAGAGUUUGGAGUAAUUUUUUUUUUGGUCAAAAUAUGGCAUCUGGUAACUUUCAACCUUUAAUUCCAAUAUUUUCUGGUAAAAAUUAUGAUAAUUGGGCUUUUAGAAUGAAGUUGACAUUCAAUUCAUGUGAGUUAUCAGAUAUAGUUAUAAAUGGUUAUAUUGAACCACAAAAUGAGUCUACCUUGAGUCCAGAUGAUAAGAAAAAGCUUGAAGAAAAUACGCAAAAGGAUAGAAGGGCUUUGCAGAUAAUCGGGCAAGCAUUGGAUGAUUCGGUUGUCAGAAGGAUUAAACCAGCCACUACAGCCAAGCAAGCAUGGGACAUCCUAGAGACGACAUAUCAAGGUACUAGUAAGGUAAAAAUUGCCAAACUACAAGCACUUAGAAGAGAAUUUGAAAAUUUGCAAAUGAAGGAUUCUGAAUCAGUAGAUCAAUUUACAUAUCAUGUUACAAAUUUGAUUAAUCAAAUAAGGCAGAAUGGUGAUGACUUAACAGAUCAAAAGGUUGUAGAAAAGGUUUUAAGAAGUUUGCCUAAAAAAUUUGAAGCAAUUGUUGUGGUAAUUGAAGAAUCUAAAGAUUUGACUACAUAUUCUAUAGAUGAGUUGGUUGGUUCUUUAAAAAUUUUUGAAGAUAGGUGGAAUAGGAAUGACAAUAGCUCAUUAGAGAAUGCAUUCAAAACACAAAUGACAUUUGGCAGAGGUAGAGGAAGAGGAAAUCCAGGAUUCAGAGGAAGAGGAAGAGGAAGAUAUAGUUACCAAAGAGAAGAAAGAAAGAGUCCAGAUCCAGGAGGAAGGAGAAAUCAAAAUUUCAUUCCAAGGGGCCGCAAUAACAAUCAGGCAUCACAAAGGUAUGACAAAACAAAUGUUCAAUGUUAUUAUUGUAAGAAGUAUGGUCACUUGGCAAAUGAAUGUCGAAAGAAACAAGCAGAUAUGGGAAAGCAAAAUGCAAAUUUUUCUGAGAGUAGUUCUGAGACAUUGUUUAUUACAUGUCAUGUAGCUCAAGAAAAUUCAAGUAAUGUCUGGUUUCUAGAUAGUAGGUGUAGUAAUCAUAUGACUGGAAAUAAAGAUUUGUUUGAGAAUUUGGAUACUUCAGUUAAAUCAGAAAUUAAAUUGGGCAAUGAUAACAUUGUUGAAGUCAUGGGAAAAGGUGCAAUUAAGGUGAUAACAAAGCUUGGUAAGAAAACUAUUUCUGAUGUUUAUUUUGUACCUGGUUUGAAGCAUAAUCUCAUAAGUGUGGGACAACUUAUUCAAAAAGGUUAUAGAGUUGCUUUUGAAAAUAAUGUUUGCACUAUAUUUGAUAUUUCUCCUAGUAACAUGGUGAUUGCAAAGGUUGAAAUGACAAACAACAAAAUGUUCCCACUUCGCAUGAAGAGUGAAAUGAUGGAGGAGAUGGGAGUAAGUUUCAAGGCAUCAAAUCAAGAUCAAGCAUGGAAAUGGCAUUUGAGGUAUGGUCAUCUAAAUUUAAAAGGAUUAUGUUUGUUGCAAAGAAAGGAUAUGGUAAGAGGUUUACCCCCUAUUGAAGCACCAUUGAGUUCAUGUGAAAGUUGUAUUUUGGCUAAGCAACAUAGGCAAAAGUUUUCAAAAGAAAUGACUUACAGAGCUUGGCACCUUUAGAAAUUGUGCAUACAGAUUUAUGUGGUCCAAUGAAAACACCAUCA